AAGGCGAAGUAGAAGAACAGUGCAGAUUCAGUAUUUUUGUGACUGUAAAUAUCUGUGUUUGUUACUAGCUCUGUCAUACAUGACGUCUGCCCCCGAUGGAUUCUGUGCUGCAAAAACUCUAAACGUCCUCGCCCAAAACCUCCGAUCCAGUCAGGAGGCACCAGUGAGCCGGGCGAGGAGAACUCUGGAUGAGUCAAAGACCACCUGCCUCCUCCACGUUCGUGCUGACUACCUCUACUACAAAAGAUUCAAGUCUGUCGAAGCUGUUGUGGCUCAGGUCGCCUCGUACAUCCGGGCUGUGAAUGACAUCUACGACAAGGUGGACUUCAGUGGAAUCCAGUUGAUCAACUUUCAAGUCAAGUCCCUCAGAGUGAUGACAGAAGAGGAUAAAAAUGACCCACUGUCUCCUCUGUACAUCGGCCCCGAGAAGCUGCUAAGUCUGUACUCGGAGAACAACUGGAGCAACUUCUGCCUGUCCUACCUGCUCACUGACAGAGACUACAGUGGAGUGCUGGGGCUUGCCUGGGAAGGCAAAGCCGGAAACUGGGGAGGAGUGUGUUCAAAGCCCGCGACCCUCAAAAACGGAGUUAAAUGCACCCUGAACACAGGUCUGGUCACAAUUCAGAACUACGGACAGUUUCUGCCUCCUCGACGAGUCCAGCUGACUUUGGCACACGAGCUCGGCCACAGCCUUGGAUCUCCGCACGAUGAGGGCGCUAACUGCGGCAACCUCGGCUCCAAUGGCGGUAAAGGCAGGUACCUGAUGUUUCCUUACGCCACAGACGGGGCGCGUGAAAACAACGAUAAAUUCUCACCCUGCAGCAUCAAACACGUUAGCAACAUCCUGAAGCUGAAGAAAGAUGACUGCUUCACGGUCAGUGAUCAGCCCAUCUGUGGAAACCAGAUCAUAGAGGAAGGUGAGGAGUGUGAUGUCGGUAACAAAGAUGCAGAUCUCUGCUGCUACAGUGCUAAAGAGCCUGUAGGAAUCCAGUGUCACCUCAAGCCUCGUAAAAUCUGCAGUCCAAGUCAGGGCCUGUGUUGUGGCCAGAAGUGCGAGUUUAAGCCAGAGGGUCAGAGGUGCAACGAGGAGACAGACUGCCAGAAAGCGAGCGUGUGCUCAGGACUCUCCCCGCUCUGCCCCAAACCAGCUGCCAAGGAAAACCUCACUGUGUGCAGUCAGGGCACGCGUGUCUGCCUGAAAGGGGUCUGCACUGGCUCGGUUUGUGUGAAGCACCACCUGGAGAAGUGCGACUGUCCAGGAGACUCCAUGAGGGACAAAUGCCACAUGUGCUGCCAGAAGCCCGCUCAGCCUGAGACUUGCGCGAGCACCACAUCGUCUGUUCUGUCCGAUCACUUCCACAAAAAAGUGUUGCCCCUGGUGGGCGGUGCGCCGUGCUCUGGAAACCGUGGAUACUGCGACAAAUUUCACGUAUGCCGCAUCCUCGAUGCAGACGGCCCCAUCGCGAGACUGAAGAACUCCUUUCUUCAUUUAGAUGACUUCGACGACGUGGGAGAGUGGAUGAAGGCUCACUGGUGGGCCAUCCUGCUGGCUAUCCUGACGCUGUCUGGAGUCAUGGGCUGCACCGUCUGCCUCUGCAGCAUUAAACUGGACACACGUAACUUGGAGUGACUUUUUAUCCCUGAAGACUCUUGAAUAAACGUCCUUUACCUGAGAUCUUCAGGUGCCACGUCGAGGAGGAUUCAUCAGCUUUGUUCAACUGCCCAAAAACUCAGUCAUGUUCACCGAUGUCUUUGUGUAACUCUUCACAUUUAGGAAAGACGCAAGAGUCUCCUGUGACGUACGUGUUGUGCAAAUUGUUGCUUCUUCUGCUGCCAAAUGUGGGUCAGUCAGCUGCCCCUCAGAAAGCUGAAGCACCGCUGCAAUGUAAAGCCAUCUGACACUACAAAGCCUUAAAUGCACGAGGCAUGUUUAAGACACUAAUUUCAGGAGCAUCCAGCUAUCUCAACCAUAACAACACCUGCAACUGAAGGGUCUGUGUGUACAAAGAGUUUGACGGUACUUUCUUUCAGUAGAUACUAUUUUUAUCUUCAAUCUUCUUAACGACCUACAUAACAGUUUAGAAUAAGAUGUAAAACAAACUUAUCUACGAGGUCAAACCAGCAAGUUGCAACCUUUGUGGUCCUGUAAGGAACCAAAGUGUGGUUAAACUAAAGCUGACGCUGCAGUUUACGGUGUCCUUACUCAGCAUAUCUUUGGGGUCACCUUGACACGUGUAGCCAAACACGUGUCACAACAGCACAAUUACAAGGACUUGCAGAAACAACACAGCUUUUAUAUCAGAAACAGUUGUGAGUGUUUAAAUUGUUAAAACUGUUUAGAUCAAACACACUUUGAUAAUAUUUUUUAAUGGAACAAACAGCCUUGAGAUGGUAAAUAAGACUGAUAAUUAUAUAUUUUUUUAUACUGAGCGAGCAAGGAAGAAAAGUUGAGCAUUUCUCUCGACCUUUAAAAAAAUGCAAGCUCAAGACGACCUCUCAGGCGACACGCUGGUUUUAUUAAAGAAUUUAUACAAUAAAGAGACGUAUUUACAGCUAUGUACAGUGAUUACACGAACACACUUUUUAUAGAUCAAAUUCACAGAGAGGUGAAAAUAUAUAACUAGCAGCGCUCCAUAUAAGAGACUCCAGUACUAUAUUAUAGUAUUUACAUUUAUUGUACAGGUGAGUGUUUUCUCUUUCCCUGUUUUAAGUGCAAAAUACCUUUUUUUUAAAGUCACAAUCAUUACAGUACAAUACCUCUGAAGAACUGAGGUUCAAGUAUUGCUUACAAACUGGAAAUGCAUAAUUGAAUGAGCAAGAGCCAAAAAAUAAAACCUUAUCCACAGCAGACAUUGCACUUUACAAACAUUAAUAUAAGCUUUGCUUUCGAGCUCACGCCGAAUAUUACAUACUCGUUAAAAGAAGGAAGCCGUUUUUAGAAGAGUAUCCAGCACUUCUUUGAGGUGACGGCUUCAAAGUAACGUCUUCUUGCAGGAGUGAAGCAGUAAAACAUGCAAAAGCAUUUAAAAUAACACCUUUUUCAGCUUUGAGUGCUUCAGUAUAAGUUCAUACAGUAAGAACAACGGACCCCGAGUUGGAAAGCAACAAUAAAAAUCCGAAAAGUCAGUUUGCAAGAGCUUGCUUCUGCUGCUUGUUUACAGUAAGGCACACUGAUACAGGUCCCACAGUCACAUACAGCGCUGAGAGUCACAGUGGUGAAUGCUCGGUGACUUAGUACUUACUUAGGUAACACAAAAAGGUAACUAAACUGUAACCUACUGCUUAAAACGCACAAAA